AUUUUAAAUGUCUAUAAAGCAACAAAAAUUAAACACAAUAUUUGUAUAGAUUUCAUAAUACAAGUUAGAUUUAAGAUAAUAUAUUUUAAACUUAUGACUAUUUUUUUGUAGAAAAACAUGGACAAUAUUGAAGAACUUUACUGCUAUUCAAUAAAAGUUAAACUAGAAAAUCCAAAAGCACCAGUUGUCUUUGAUUAUGCAGAAGGCUUAGUGUGUGCUAUAAGUGACAAUUUAUUAAUAGUAUACGAUGAAAAUGAUUCGUCAGAGACUGGCAUAGUCCACAAAAUAGAUACACAAACAGACCGUUUAAAAUAUGUAAAAUACUUAACAGUGUAUAAUAUAGUAUUCUUAGCAACAGAAAAUCAGUUAAUGUUAUACGAUAUAGACCUACGUAAAGUGUUAGUCCGCCGAAAUACUGAUAAAAACAUUGUAGAACUAUCUUGGAAUCCUUUAGAAACUUUAUUUGUAGUGAUAGAUUUAGAUAAUGAUGUUACUACUUAUAGCUACACAAAAAACUUUAUUGAUCAAAAAGAUAAAAUUAAGUUGAGUGUACAAGCACCUGUACCAGUUCUUGUUGGAUGGGGCUCCCAGAAAACACAGUUCCAGGGACCUAAACAAAUAAGACAUAGUGGAUCUCUAGAGUUGAAAGCACAGGACGAAACAUCCAGAGCACCUCCAAAAAUAUCCUGGAGAGGAAAUAGUGAACUGUUUGUUGUAAACUACCUUCAGGAUGACCAACGUUUUCUCAAAGUUUUCAAUACUGAGCUGCAACCACUGAAUAUGUCAGAAGCUUAUUUAAAUUUACAACAACCUGUUGCAUUUAUGGGCCAGGGACAAUGUAUUGCAUCUUGUGCAGUAAAAAAUGGACAAAACCAGUUAGUUAUUUUCGAAAAAAAUUGUAAGGUCAAGGCGGAGUUUGAUUUGCCAAAUAUACCGGGAUCCAUAAAAAAACUCUUGUACCACCCCAUCAUGAACAUGUUAGCUAUAGCUUUCUUUGACGAAAACAACAACAAUUUUAUCAACAUCUACCUUUUCUCCAAUGGAGAAUGGUUUUUAAAACAACAAUUAUACUACCCUCCGGAACGUAUACUCCAUGACUUCUGUUGGUUAAACUUACAAGAAAACUUAUUUACCACAUGCAAAAUGGUUGUAUUUACUUCUAGAGAUGUCGAAUAUCAUUAUUUUCGCUUCCUAAUAUCUAGAUGUCCUCUUUCUGGUACCGUAGCUGUAGUAAAUGGUAGAAAUUUGGAAUUUUACUUAUACGACAAAAAAAUUACACCACCGCCUAUUUAUUACGACUCGUUUGGACACAGUAAGCCUAUAAACAGAGUUCUAUUUCAUCCUACAAAUAGAGUUUGUAUUAUUAUCGAUUCUUUUAACCACAUAAAAGUUAUUGACAUUACUAAAGACGGUCGCUUAGAAGUCCUUGGAAGCGUAGCCGAUUAUUCUUUUCAAGGGAUUGUCAAAUUGCACUCGAUUGAAUGGAGCCGUGACAUUGUAGAAGUUUUAUUUUUAAAUGAAGCUGGUUCAGAACCGAUUUUUACUAAAAUAGGUGAUAUUUCUAUUUAUGUGAGGGUUGAUGAAAACAUUAAUGAUCCCUGCAUCAAAUUGCCUUACAAUGAUACACCUCUUGUAGUCUCUUUCAAACACUUAGAUAACGCCAGUAAAUAUAUUUAUCUAACUAAGCAUGAAGUACUACAAAACGAUAUCUACAUCGAUUAUGAAUUUGCUCUGUCUGCUUAUAAAGAUUUUACUGUCAACGAUUCUGUGGUCUGUACCGGAGUAACGUCAUUGUAUAUAUUCGACGGUUACCUAAUUUUCACGCAUUCUUCAGCAAAGUUAUAUUGCAUACGAUUGAAAGAUCAUACUUUAUAUACCUCGCCGAUAUAUCUGAAUAAAAUUUUCAGCAGAGAAAUCGAACAAGGUGCUACUAUCGUAGCCUGUACCAAUUUACUAUUCCCACAAAUAAUUCUUCAACUACCUAGGGGGAAUAUCGAGACUAUCGGUUGCAAAUUGAUAACCAUAGAUGUGGUGGAAGGUAUGCUCAAAAAGAAUCAGUGGGCUGAAGUGCUUCAAAUAUUAAGGACCGAAAAAGUGAACUGGAACGUUCUAAUCGAUUUAAAUCCGGAACGAUUUAGAGAACAUAUAGAGGACUUUGUUAGAGCCGCUAAGAACAACACGAUGCUGAGUAACAUCGUAACCGAAUUCAAUACGAAAGAAAACUGUUUUGAAACUUUUUAUAAAAACUAUUCUCCGAACGAUUUUCAAAAUCGAAAUUUCGAUAAAAAAGUUAUUAUAGAAGAUAUUUUGAAUUACCUAGUAACCACAGAUUGUAUCAACAACUUGUCUAGUAUUGUAGCUACACAACAAAAACAUAUUUCAUUAAAAGCGGCUUUGAAAUCUAUAAAAGAUAUAUAUGAAGCAAAUAAACAAGAAAACGAAAAAGUUUGUAGUAAAACGAUCAAACAAUUAUUGAUACAAGAACAUUUUAAAGAUGUAGAAAACGCUGCUUAUAAUCUAUAUGACUUAGACUUUCUCACUCUAGUUUACCACAAUAGUUUAGAAGAUCCGAAAAUAUACGAACCCGAAAUCAGAAACUACAAAACGAUGGGACCCAUGGAACGGCGGUUUAAAAUGAGUUUAAGAGGACGUAACUUGACGUCGUCUAUAAAAUAUCUUCUAAGAUCUGAUACAGUCGAAGAAUCCUACAUUACCAAUUUCGUUAUUAAGAACCGAUUAGAGGAUAUCGCGUAUUUUUCCUUGGAUGAUUAUCACAAACAUUUCAUGCUGAUUAGUGAGCUGUACGCGAAUAGGUUGUCGAUUUUGAAGAGGCACACGGAAGCUGGGGUAAUAUUGAAAAGGGCUGGUAGAUACAAGGAAGCGCUUCUAGAGUAUAAAAAAGGUCUCGAUUGGAGGGAGAUAACCAGCAUUUGCACUCUGUUGAAUUUAAGUGAAGAAGAAUCGAAAAAAGUGUACGUAGACGUGGCCGCUGAGUUGGUCAAAGGGAAACUGUUAGAUGAUGCUGUGAUAGUUUUAGAAACGUAUGGCAAAAAUUAUCGAGCAGCUAUAGAUGUACUUGUAGAGCAUAAUUCCUUUAGGAAAGCCAUAUGUCUGGCCGAAACUUACAGGGAAAAUGAUCUGAUAGUUAAUGUGAUUUUACCGAAAUUAUCGGAAUAUAUAUCUAUUUUAAAUGAAAAAAUCGAUACAUAUAGGAAAGAAUUUGAAGCGCAUUCAGAUCGUUUGAAUGUUAUUAGAAAAGAAAGAGCUAAUAAAUUGCACGCUGUAGCCACAGGCCAAUACGAUGACGACGACGAUUUGUAUCCAGAAACUGAAACUGGAACGUUUAGAUCAGGAUCAAAAGCAUCGUCUCAACAAACUUCGAAAUCUAGAGCGUCAACGAUGUCAUCUAAAAACAAACGAAAAGAAGAAAGGAAAAAAAUUGACCUGAAGCAAGGCGGUUUUUACGAAGACAUCGCUAUUAUAAGAGUGUUACACAUGAUGUACAACGAGGUGUUUGAUUUCGGUUGCGAAAUUAAGGAAAUUUGUCUAAUUUGCCACUAUAAUAAUUUGAACGUAGCAAGGAAACUCCACAAUCGUUUGGGGGAAUUACAAUAUCUCAUGAUAAGAAGGAUUCCUGAAAUAUGGUCGGAUGUUUUCGUUAAUGAAGAGGAUCAGAAUGAAUUUGUCGUUGCAGCAGUAAUACAAAAUAAACAGGAUUUAGAUCCUCAAUAUCGUGCACCACCGUCAAUACAAAAAGCGGAGUCUUGGAAAUUGGAAAUUUUCUCUUAAUGACUUGAUAGGUAUGAAAUUUAAUAUUUUUGUAUAAACAAUAUGCCGGUCGUAUUUUGGUCUACGAGAAUUUGUUUCUGUCUACAUUUAGGAAGAAUAACAAUGUUUAGUUCUGAUGUAUAUUGUAAAAUAUAAUGAUAUAAUUUUUUUUAUUAAAUAAGUUAUUUUAUA